UCUGACAUCCUGACAGGACCUGAAGUCCACACAAAGCUCGGGAGCCUGAGAGGUCAAUAUGUGAGUGUGAAGGGGAAGGAGAGCGGGGUCCAUGCCUACCUGGGUGUCCCAUUUGCCAAGCCACCUGUAGGCCCUGCUCUGAGACUGGCUCCACCCCAGCCUGUAGAGGGAUGGGAAGGAGUGAGAGACGCCACCCAGCAGCCACCCAUGUGUGUUCAACACAAACAGUUUACUAUAGAUCUGCUUGAAAAACUCGGUGGCUUGUUGGUAGAUAUCCCAGACAUUUCAGAGGACUGCCUUUACCUCAAUAUUUACACUCCUGCAAACAGAGCGCACAAUGCCAAGCUCCCAGUCAUGGUUUGGAUCCAUGGUGGAGGGUUUUCUAUGGGGUCAGCUUCAAUGUAUGAUGGAUCAGCCCUGGCUGCUUACCAAGAUGUGGUUGUGGUUCUGAUCCAGUACCGCUUGGGUCUUCUGGGCUUUCUCAGCACUGGAGAUGAGCACAUUUCAGGAAAUUUUGGCAUGUUGGACCAGGUAGAAGCUCUGAGGUGGAUCCAGAAGCACAUCCAUGACUUUGGAGGAGACCCAGAUUUGGUUACCAUAUUUGGGGAGUCUGCUGGCGGAGUCAGCGUAUCCCUCCAUCUUCUCUCACCAAUGUCUAAAGGCCUGUUCCACCAUGCCAUUGCUGAGAGUGGUACUGCUUCAAUGAAUUAACUUCUCACCAAUGAUCCUCUACCAGUGACGCAGAUGAUAGCAAAUGCAUCUGGCUGUAGCCUUGAAAGCACACAGAAGAUUGCUGACUGCAUGAGAAGCCUUGAUAUUGACACGGUUGUGACUUUUGGACAGGAUCCAACUAUUAGAAUUGCUAUAAAUGUUGAUGGACACUUCAUCACAAAACCUGUGGAUGAGCUGUACCGUACUCAUGAUCUUCUCACUGCACCAUUCAUGACUGGUGUUAAUAAUGAUGAAGGGGGCUGGUUACUUCCUGGUUUCUUUUUCUCUUCAAACUGGACAGAGGGAUUAGAUCGGGAGCAGGUCCUCAAAGCGAUGAUCAUGUUCCACCCUGAUCCCAAUGGUGCGAUCAUCAGUGAACUUAUGGUAGAUGAAUACAUUGGAACUGGUGAGGAUCAUGUGAAAAACAGAGAUGGGUUCACUGAGUUGCUGGGAGAUAUACUCUUCAACAUUCCAGCCAUUAAGACUGCUAAUGCCCACAGAGAUGCAGGUGCCCCUGUCUACCUGUAUGAGUACCAGUAUGCUCCCAAAAUCCUGCAGAAAAAGAGGCCUAGCUUUGUUGGGUGUGACCAUGGAGAUGAACUCUUAACAGUAUUAGGAUUCUGCUUCACAACUACCCAUGUCAGAAUACCUGGUAAGUGCAACAUAUAUAAAUUAUUCUUUUAACAGACCACCAAAGAUCU